AUGAAAGAAAUUAAAGAGAAUGGCCCAGUCCCCUUGCCGAGUCCCUCCGCCGCGCAGCCGGCCACCGCCGAGACCCAGAACAUUGCCGACCAGGUGAGGUCCCAGCUUGAUGAAAAAGAAAACAAGAAGUUCCCCGUGUUUAAGGCUGUGUCCUUCAGGAGCCAGGUGGUUGCGGGGAUUAACUACUUCAUCAAGGUGCAUGUCGGUAACAAGGAAUUUGUCCACUUGCAAGUAUUCCAAAGUCUCCCUCACGAAAACAAGCCCUUGACCUUGUCUAACUACCAGACCAACAAAGCCAAGCACGAUGAGCUGUCCUAUUUCUGACCCUGACUUUGGGCAGGGUCCUUCCACCAGAAGGCUGGUAAUUAAGUGAUUCUGCGUGGACCACAGCAUGCACUUGGGAUCAUAAAAUGAGCAUCUCCUGGCUGCGCCCCUUGGGUGGAAGGGGCUGGAUGCAGCAGCUGCUCUUGCAUUUCUGUUCCUAAAUUUCACUGUGUUGAUUUUUUUUCCCCCUUCCAAUCAGGGAUC